GAGAAAACUGGUCGCGACAAGAACUUUUUAGGCCUGCCCUAGUGCCUGCUACUGUAUGAUCUUCAAAAACAUCGAAUUGCCAACACGCUGGAUGGUCACAGUACAAUGGAAAAGAGAAAGAAAGAAAGUGAGCCAUCCACCAGUGGAUGUGGUACCAAAAGACUUAAACGAGACAGCACUGAGACUAACACGUGUGCAAACGGAGGGCCCAUUCAACAGACUAUUCCUCAAAUGUUUUUUUCUCAGAAGCCAGUCCAGAAAGUGGUAUGUCCAGUGUGUGCAGCUAAAUUAUCAGUUACCAUUAUUAAUGAUCAUCUAGAUAAUCUGUGCCUUGUCAAGGAAUGCCAGGAGGAUGAUGAGAAAGAUAUUGCAGUAGAUAAACCAGAAGAUAAUGCUGUUGCAUCUGGGUAUGCAAGCACCAGCAGUUUUUGCAAAGAAGACACAAAAAAGACGUACUCAAAAGGUGAAUGUGAGGGGAAAAACAAGCAAGAAUGUCAAAGUAGUAGUGUUCUAUUAUCAGAAGAAAUGGAACUUCAAAGUACUAGAAUAUCAAUUUCUUUACCUGAAUUAAAACAGAAACCUCUUUUGAAGAUAGAGUGCCAAAUAUAUGGAGAAAAUGAGAAAUUUUCAACAGAAGGGGCCUUAACUUCAAAGUAUUUUAACAUAAAAUUGUCAUCACCAACUAAAAGCACAUCACCUAUAUCAUCUUCUUCAAAUAGAUUAGUUGAGAAGCCAACAAAUCAAAGUGAAAAUGAAAUCUCUUCAAUAAACACAGAUUCAUCAAAUUUUAUUCCAAAAAGCAAAGAUAAAAAUGUAUACACUGAACAAAAUCAACUUGAAAUGAACAGAACUGCCAGUACUUCAUGCCUAACUGGUGACUGUGAGACCAGUUCUUCCCAGUUUCCAUCAAAAAGAUUUUCUAGAAUCUCUCCAGCUAAACCUGCUAAAGUUAAGAUAUAUGCAAAUCCGCUUUCUACACCACCAAGAUCUCAUGCAUCUGCAGACAGUGUUGGUUCUGGUAGAGGGCUGAAUUUGUCAUCACGUGUUAAGGUAGAACUGUUUCCUGAUCAAAAUCAAUGGGGAAAAAAUGUCCAGACAAAUGCAAAUGCAUCAGAACAAUACAGCAGUAUCCAGCUUGCAUCGAACAACUCCCAGCGAACUUCAUCUUCCUUGAAUGACCAAAUAAAACAUUUUUCCAGGCUGACUGACAAUCCAAAAAGCCAACAUGACAUUACUAUUAAGAAGGAAGCACCAUCCCAAUCUAAUCCCUUAGUAAAAUAUAAAAAUAUUUCUCCUGCCAAACCUGCCAAAGUCAAGAUAUUUUCAAGUCCUCUUUCUUCUCCACCGAGAACACAAAUGAUCAGAAAUACCAACUGUGAAAGUAUGAGCCAGAAGGUAAAUGAUAGCUCUUCUCAUGGUGGUAUUCUCAAUAACAGUCAGGAAUCUUUAGUUCCUUCUUCUUCAGAGUCCGGCAAUACUUUCUUUUCAGGAUCACAUGACUCAUUGUAUUGUACACUAGAGACAUCACCAACUGGAUCUCAAGAAAUGUCUUCUCAGAGUAAACUUAUUAAUGGAAGUCACCCAGAACCUCAGGAUACAUUUUCAUUCCAACAUGCUUCCGGCUCUAACAAUUCCCAAAACUCUCAAUCCUCUAGUACCUCAUCAAUAUUUCUUACUGCAGAUUCUACUGUUGACAUUCCUCCUCAUCAAAUCAUUCCUGGAUUUGGCCAAGAAUUCACUAGUCCAAAAAAGAUAGAAACUAGAAGAAAGAGUGUGAAUUCACCAUACAAACAUGAUGGAGUUCCAUACUACCUGGCUAAUUUCAAACUGAUAAUGAAUACAGUGUUGUCAAACACAGAUGACAAAAGUCUUUUCAAUAAAUCUGAUUUAGGCUUUUUUGAAGAUUUUAGCAAUUUGUCUGUGCCUUCUCAGCAACUGUAUGUUAGACUUUACAAUAGAAAACAUGCAUGGUUGAGGGUCAGCAAGCUGGAGUACAAAGAGAUUGCCGCUGAUCUUGGUCCUGCUAUCACAGAGUUAAUUAAUGCUGGCUUUUUUAUGAAUGAAAACCAUCUGAAAGAACCAGAAGAGAUCUUGAAUCUGCUACAGGCUCCAGAACUACGAGAACUUGCAAAGAGUUUUAAGGUGCCGCAGAGAAAAAAUCUGGUCCAAGCAUUGCUUAUUCAUGGCAGGAAGCAGAUGUCUGUGUUAGGAAGAGGCUUAAUGACAGAAAUAAGUAAAAGCGCAAAGAGAAUAUUAGCAAAAUGCAUCAAGUUGAAUCCAGAACCUAAGGUUGUGAUGUCAAGGUUGAUGCUUCUCUUUAGCAUAACAAGCGAUCAUGAAGAAGAGGACAGAUCAUCCAAUAGACAAACUGCUAUGCAAACCAUGCUAAUGGCAGACAUGGGUCGGAUGAAAUUUGCAAAAUACAAAGUUGAACGGCCUCAUAAGAUAUUCUUCUCACGAGAUGAAUUAAUAAGAUAUGAAACUGCCCAUAAGUAUGAAGCAGACAUUAUUGCUGCCAUGGCAAAAAAUGAUUACGAUUCUUCAUUCAAUAUAUUUGAGAAAGCUCAGGAUGAACAUAAAUCCAUCAAGAACACAAAAAUUAUCAGGUAUGAUAAAUCACUACCAACAUUUUUGCGACGGUACACAGCAUUAUGGGUGUACACUCGUAUCACGUAUCUAGGUGUUGAAAUUUUGCAAAAGAAAAGUUGCUAUGACGAUGCAGUGACAUUACUCAGACAGCUCCUAAACCAAACUGUUUAUCGGCAUGAGAAAAGGGGUCAAUGGUGGGAUCGUCUGGCACUGAAUCUGGAUUACCAUCUUAAGAAACCAAAAGAGGCUUUAGAUGCUAUCAAACAAGGCCUAGCAGAUAAAAAGGUUAAACUGGCUGACCGCCUAGCCUUACAACAACGAGCUGAAAAGAUAUGUGGGUCUUCUGCUGGCAAUCCGCUAAGGAAAGAACUUAAUUCAUUACGUCUAAUACAGUAUCCAGAGGCUCCUAAGGUGGAGAUCAUGGGGCGGAUACUCCCUCAUGCUCAAGAAGGCAGGAAUAAUGUCUUUGUGCGAAGUGUAACAAGUGCUAAUGGAGACAUUAGUGAUGUGGUGUGCGGAGUGGAACAGGUUGCCCUGGCUCACUACAGAGAAUGUGGUUACAAUGAAGGUAUACAUGCUGAAGGAUCUUCCAUGUGUACGUUAAUCUUUAUUCUGUUUUGGGACAUUGUGUUUACAGAAGGUGUGCCUGAUGUUUUCAGGAAUCAAUUCCAGGCUGCACCAUUAGAUUUACGGACACUAGAUUUCUACUUGAAUCGUCAAGAGUUAAUAGAGGCACGCCUGGAGCAAAUCAAGCAAACAGAUUCUGAAACGCUUGGCAACAUGCUGCAGGAUAAAUGGGAUACAGUUUACGGUGAAUUCUGUGCUGGAGUUAAUUGGCAAACAUUUAGAGAUUUAGAUAAUGCUAAGAGUUUGCUGUUAUGUUUUGGAGGUGAGUUUUUAAGCACAGUUGCAAAGCGAGUGCUCAAAGACCAUGAACAUUUCAGAGCAGGCAUGCCUGACUUAACAGUGUGGAAUACAAGUGACAAUACAUUCAAGCUUGUGGAGGUGAAGGGACCAGGGGACCGUCUCUCUCAGAAGCAGGUUAUUUGGCUGGACUUCUUCCUAAAACAUGGUGUCCAAGCAGAGCUUACACUCUGAAGAAACAAAGGAUAAAAGCGAUGACAAGGAAUAAUAAUAAUAAUUAAUAAUAAAAAAUAUUGAUCAAAAUUGAUCAAAGGCAUUACAUGAGGAAAUAAGGCAAGUUAAUAUUCCUGUGAUAAAUAAGUUUUUGAUAAAUACGAAUGAUGUGGAUGUAAACCAUUCAUCGACCUCUGUAUUUAAGUAUAAUUAAAUGAAUGACAAAUUGAUUUUCUGUGGAAACUGUUAUAGAAACAGAUUACUGAUAUUUAGAAAUUUAUCAUCUAUAAAAUAAUAUAUAUAAUGUAUAUAUAAUAUAUACAGCUAAUUAAAAUAGUUGUUCAUUUCUACAGCAUAGCACCUUCGAUAAUAAACAUCCCAAGGCACUGUUACUUAAUACUAUUAUAUAAUUUAUUAUACAUUAGAGAGGAUUCGCAUGCGAACGAAUACGUGUAGGCAUAUGUUUAGCUACCCGUAACAGUUUGUAGCCAUUCUGUAUUUUUGGCAAUCACAGCACAAAUCAAGCGUAGGCCUAGCUUAUUAGGUCCCUAGCUUAGGGCCUAGCUAGGUCUAGGCCUAUACUCCGUUUUUCUUCUCUCAUCAUACUUCUCAAAGCCCAGAAGAGUUGGUUAUUUGUGAUAGGCCCUUGUUUAUGACACAAGUUGCUACCAAGCUAGGCCUACACAAAAAUCCCGACACCACCAAGGUCCUAGCACCGACUUUUUGAUACCCCAGAAUGAGACACAUCCUAUCGUAAUUUGCUGUCUUCAAAUGUCACAAAUGUAUUCAAAGAUACAUUUAUUUUUUACACUUACUGUAAAAUGUGAAAAAAAAGUCUAAAAUUUUGCUACGCGUUUUUCACUUACGUGUAGUGAGCGAGAUAUGCAUGACUUCCACACGUUUAGCGGAUAGCAACCGGCGUAUGACCUCAUAAUUGAUAAUGUAUCCGUCACGCUAACCGUAUUCAUUCAAGUGCGAAACCACAUUAUUUAGAAUAUAUUGACCAGUAAUCAGAUUAUACCAAAUAUAACGUCAAGCUGUACUGUACAUUCCUGUAUUAUGAAAUUUUUUUUUUUAAAUCUUGUAAAUUUUGUAUCAUUUAAUGACCUUUAUAAUGGCUGAUGGACAUUUACAAAUAGUUGAGACGGGCACUCGCAUUCUAUAGAGAACACAACGCCAUGAUUUUCAAUGACGAUCCGUCAGACUGCCAUUGACAGUCAGCAGCGUGUCGUCUAGUGCUUACAGGGAGGGGAUUGGAUUGGUCA